GUCCUUCCUGCAACCUCCACCUUCCUCCAUGACCCACCUCUGCCUACCCAGGCCCGAAGCUGCUGUUUCUCCUACCCCAGUCCCUCCCAGGGGCAUGGGUGCAGGGGAGGGAUCAGCUAGUCCAGUGGGUCCAUGUGUGUCCCCCUGGGGCCCUAGCUGGGCCCAGGUCCUGGACAGUGUCCUAGGACUGGGGGCACUGGGGCUGACAAUUCGGGGCAUCUUUUCCACAACUGGCCCAGCCUUGCUGCUGCUGCUGCUACUAGUCAGCUUCCUGGCCUUCGACAUGCUCCACCGGCCUGCAGGUCCCACCUGGUCACAGCACACACAUCUCACAAGGGGCCAGAGUCAGGGGGCCGGCGAGGGUCCAGGGCAGCAGGAGGCUCCACCUGCAGUGGCAGUCACAGGACGACUCAGCCUCCAGGAGGCUCUGCUGCUGCUGUUCCUGGGCGCGGGGUUGCUCCUGGGAGCCCGCGGUGUGCCCUUGGCCCUGCUUGCCCUUGCUUUUUGCCUUCAUCCUUGGACCUGA